UGUUUGGGCCUGAUAAUAUCGCAGAAGCGGUUUCUUGUCAACACGAUUAUAUAAUAUUAUAUAGCACGAUUAAAGAUAAGAUCUUGUUACUAAUCGUGAUUCGUGAUGUACCUAUAGAUAUAACCGCGGAUGAAACUGGACCUUAUGAACGGACAAAAUUUACAUUUUCACAUUCUGUACUGUUCAUCAAUUAUUAAUAACCAAAGCAUAUUAUUUAUCUUUAUCAUAUAAAUUAUUAUAAAGAGGCUUCUAUUAUGUGUUAAAAAAUAAAAAUAAAAUAAAGUUGUUUUUAUAAUAAUCCUUUUUAUUUAAAAUAAAAUAACUAAAAAUUUAUAUUUUUUAUAACAUAAUAUCAGUAUGGAAAAUAAUCCAUGUGGUUUAGCUUUACUUCGGAUUGUAUCAAGAGGCAAUGCUAUCAUUGCUGAAAUUUUACGACUCAAGGAUUACAUUCCUCCUGUCUAUAGAUUAAACAGCAAAAGUGAUGUGCAAAAGUAUGGACAAAUAAUUUUAGAUUUUUCGUACUUUAAUAAUGUCAAUGAGAUAGAAAAGAAAAUUGAUUCUAGUUCGAAUUUAAAAGAUGUCAAUGAUGAACUUAAGGAAAACAAUUUGGAAAUUAUCAACCAGUUUUAUUUUUUGUUUGAAAAUGUAUACAAAUACAUUCGUGAUUUAAAUGAGUAUUUAGAUGAAGUAGAAGAAGGAACUUAUAUUCAACAUACACUUGAAACUAUGUCUUUUACCAUCGAAGGUAAACAAUUGUUGUGUGAAUCUCUAUAUUUAUAUGGAGUUAUUUUGUUACUUAUUGAUAUCUGCAUAGAAGGAAUAAUUAGAGAACGGUUAUUAGUUGCAUAUCAUCGGUAUAAUGCUCAACAAUAUAACAAUGAAAAUCCCAUUGAUGAUAUUUGUAAAUUGUUGCGUUCUACAAAACUGGGCUCAGUUAAAGCAACAUCAUCUUACCCAGAAUACUAUUUCAAAAGAGUUCCCGUUAAUAAAAAUCUAAUUAAUAUUGUCAUUGGGAGGUUAAGAUCUGAUGACAUAUAUAAUCAAAUAUCCUCAUAUCCAAACCCAGAUCAUAGAAGUACUGCACUUGCGAGUCAAGCUGCUAUGUUAUUUGUGUGCUUAUUUUUUAAGUCAAAAAUAUUACAUGAAGAAUCUGCUGUAAUGAGAGAGAUUGUAGACAAAUACUUUCCGGAUAACUGGAUUGUCAAUGUCUAUAUGGGAGUUACUAUUAAUAUAAUAGACUCUUGGGAAGCAUUUAAAGCAGCAAAAACUGCUGUAACAAACACUAUUCAAGCAGGGGAAAUAAACCGUCUAGCAAACUCUCGUGCAGUUGAGCUUCAAAAAAUUACCUCUGAAAUAAAAAAAUUUCUUUGCUAUCCUGAUAUUGAUAAAAAAAUAAUGGACAAUAUCAACGCUGUAAUGAAUCUCUGUCGGAACUGUAAUGUCUUAUUAAGAUGGUAUAUACUGCACACAUCUACUGUUCAUCUACUUUCAGAAAACAGCAAGAAAAGCAAACAAAUUUAUGAUCAAAUUUAUAAUCAGAGUCUUUAUAAAGAAGAUUUAAUUUUUGAUCUUUUAGUUACCACUUCAGAAUUUGAACUAAAAAUCAAAGAUACUUUCAGAAAUUUGUUAGAAGAAAAAGAAGCUAGGUGGCUGAAACGAAAAGAUGACUGUGUUGAACGUAUGAAUGAGUUGUCAGAAAUUUUUUCAGGAUUAGCAACAAUGUCAAGAAUUCAGAAAAAUGAAAAUUUACAGAUUUGGUUUAUAAAUAUUGGUAAACAAAUUGAAAAAAUCAAUAUGGAUGAAGAAUUAGUAACUAGUAGGAAAAUUACACAGAUAAUUAAAGCUUUAGAAGAAGUACAAGAGUUCCAUCAACUGGCAAAUAAUUAUCAAGUUAGUCAGACUAUUAAAGAUACACACAGUUAUCUUCAUGAGAUGAUAAAAACAAUCAGUGUUAAAGACAAUGUUUUGAUUGAUCUUCAAAUUAUCGGAGACUUUAGUUAUGCUUGGUAUCAUAUUGAUAGGUUUACAAAUUUAAUGCAAAAUACAAUCAAAGAGGAACCAGCAUUUGUGAUAAGACUUCGUGCUACAUUUCUAAAAUUAGUCUCAUGUAUGGAAGUACCACUGAUACGUAUAAACCAGUGUGGGAGUGAAAAUUUAAUGUCUGUUAGUAAAUACUAUUCUCAUGAACUUAUUGAGUACAUACGUAAAGUACUUCAUAUCAUUCCAAAAACAAUGUUUAAAUAUAUGACUGAGAUAGCACGGAUACAAACAGAAAUUAUUAUGGAGAUACCAACUAGACUAGAAAAAGAUAAACUAAAUGAUUAUGCACAGUUGGAUGAACGACUGAAGGUUGCAAGACUAACACAUUCUGUAUCAGUUUUGACUGAAGGUGUAUUAUGCAUGAAGAGUACACUUGUUGGAGUUGUAGAAAUCGAUCCAAAACAAUUAUUAGAAGAUGGAAUUAGAAAGGAACUGGUCCAACAUAUUGCUAAUGCAUUGCAUAAUGGAUUAAUAUUCAGUCCAAAAACUAAAACUAGUGAUCUUCUAACUAAACUUGAGGCACUUAGUAAUACAAUGGCUGGCUACAGACGCUCAUUUGAGUAUAUUCAAGAUUACAUAGGAAUAUAUGGCCUAAAAAUUUGGCAAGAAGAAUUAAGCCGCAUUAUUGGUUACAAUGUAGAAAUGGAGUGUAAUAGCUUUAUGCGCGCUAAAAUAUUAGAUUGGCAAAGUGUCUAUCAAAGUAAAGUUGUACCUGUUCCAUCAUUUCCGCCUUGUGAUAAUCAAUCCAUGACUUUUAUUGGUCGACUAGCCCGAGAAUUGAUUCGCAUAACUGAUCCCAAGAUAACAGUUUACAAAGAACAAACUACAGCUUGGUAUGAUUACAAAACAAAUGAAGAGAUUAUAAAUAUUAGAUUUUAUUCGUGUAUUACAAACUCUAUAGGUAUUUGUGGGCUCACCGGUUUAGAUAAACUUAUUGGAUUUAUGAUAGUUACUGAACUUAAAAAAGUUAUAGAUUACUUACAAACCAAUGUCGUCAAAGACAAAGAUUGGCUGUAUACACUUGGUACUAUUGCUAAAGACUUAACAGUAAAUGAUGGUGACAUAAGUAAUCCCCUUAAAAUGCAUCAAAAGCAUUAUACAAAAAUACAAAAAUUAUUUCCACCCAUUUUGGAGUCAAUAAUGAAAAUUGGUCAACUUCAAAUAAUUCGAAAACAAAUAUUUUUUGAACUCGAAGUUUCGUGCAAACUAAAUGCUAAAAAUGUGUUUGAUUGUCUAGAUACAAUGAAUAAAGCUGUCUUAAAUGAGAUCAAAACACACUUUAGAAACCCAAAUAAUAAACCAUAUCCAAGCAAUGACAAUCCAUUAUUAUCCGAGUUAAGUAAAAUGAUGGAUUGGGCAGGGAUUGGAAACCCAUAUUUAAAAAUAUAUAUUACUACUAGUAGUACUCAAUAUUUGGCGUUAAUAACAUUUUUAUUUACUACUGCUCAGUUUCCGAGACUGCAUUACUCAGAUGUUGUAGCAUUACUUUUAUGGAAAAGAUGUGGAGAUCCUAUAGAUGGAGCACCGUUAUAUAUUGGAGUACAAACAUUCUUAAGACAAUUUCAUCCAGAAAUUACAUCUCAGUAUCUUGAAUAUUUAGCUCAAUAUUUGAAAUCUAUAAUCAGCCACUGCACCAAAUCUAUUGAAAAAAUUGAAAUACCAAAUGAGUACUAUACAACUCAAUUCUAUGUGGAGAGAUUUAUGUUUACUGCAGAAAUCAAUCAGCAAAUGUUCUUAGAAAUGGUACCACACUUUUUGACAGACACCUUAGAGCACAUAAAAAAUAUUUCAAUAAAAUCUUGAAUUACUAUAGUUUUAUUAGCAUAAUUGUUUUGUUUUAUAUACUUUCUAUUUAUAUAUGUAUGUGUAUAUGAAGAAAAUAUAUUAAGUAUAAAUGUUAUAUUUUUGUUUAUCAUUACUAUUAUGUAUUAAGUUAAAAUAUUUUUAGUUAAUAAAGUACCUAUAUUUU